GUAGCUGUAGUAGCUGUAGUACCUGUAGUACCUGUAGUACCUGUAGUACCUGUAGUACCUGUAGUAGCUGUAGUAGCCGUAGUACCUGUAGUAGUUGUAGUAGCCGUAGUAGCUGUAGUAGCUGUAGUACCUGUAGUACCUGUAGUAGGUGUAGUACCUGUAGUACCUGUAGUAGCCGUAGUAGCUGUAGUAGCUGUAGUACCUGUAGUAGCCGUAGUAGCUGUAGUAGCUGUAGUACCUGUAGUAGGUGUAGUAGCCGUAGUAGCUGUAGUAGCUGUAGUACCUGUAGUACCUGUAGUAGCUGUAGUAGCUGUAGUAGCUGUAGUAGCCGUAGUACCUGUAGUAGCUGUAGUAGCUGUAGUAGCUGUAGUACCUGUAGUAGCUGUAGUAGCUGUAGUAGCUGUAGUACCUGUAGUAGGUGUAGUAGCCGUAGUAGCUGUAGUACCUGUAGUAGCUGUAGUAGCUGUAGUAGCCGUAGUAGCUGUAGUAGCUGUAGUACCUGUAGUAGCUGUAGUACCUGUAGUACCUGAAGUAGCUGUAGUAGCCGUAGUACCUGUAGUAGCUGUAGUAGCCGUAGUAGCUGUAGUACCUGUAGUACCUGUAGUAGGUGUAGUACCUGUAGUACCUGUAGUACCUGUAGUAGCCGUAGUAGCUGUAGUAGCUGUAGUACCUGUAGUAGCUGUAGUAGCUGUAGUAGCUGCAGUACCUGUAGUAGGUGUGGUAGCUGUAGUAGCUGUAGUAGCUGUAGUAGCUGUAGUAGCCGUAGUAGCUGUAGUAGCUGUAGUAGCUGUAGUAGCUGUAGUAGCUGUAGUACCUGUAGUACCUGUAGUAGCUGCAGUAGCCGUACUAGCUGUAGUAGCUGUAGUAGCUGUAGUACCUGUAGUACCUGUAGUAGCUGUAGUAGCUGUAGUACCUGUGGUAGCUGUAGUACCUGUAGUAGCCGUAGUAGCUGUAGUAGCUGUAGUAGCUGUAGUACCUGUGGUAGCCGUAGUAGCGAUAGUAGCUGUAGUACUUGUAGUACCUGUAGUACCUGUAGUAGCUGUAGUAGCCGUAGUACCUGUAGUAGCUGUAGUAGCCGUAGUAGCUGUAGUAGCUGUAGUACCUGUAGUAGGUGUAGUAGCUGUAGUACCUGUAGUAGCCGUAGUAGCUGUAGUAGCUGUAGUACCUGUAGUAGCUGUAGUAGCUGUAGUA